ACCCAUCUCAACUUUCAUCAUAUCAAGCCUUCGUACAUCAAGUUACUGCAUAAGUAAGUCUCGAACUCAUAAUAGAAGUGUGUGUAACAGUGACAGCAAGAAUGGCUCAUUUCAUAGGCAUUUGCAUGGUUGUCACUCUACUUUCUUUUGCUCCGCUUUGCCUCUCCGGCAAGAGCAUUGGUGGUUACCUCUACCCACAGUUUUACGAUUGCUCGUGCCCAAAGGCAAAAGAAAUUGUCAAGUCUGUUGUUGCCAAGGCUGUAGCCAAAGAAGCUCGUAUGGCUGCUUCAUUGCUCAGGCUCCAUUUUCAUGACUGUUUUGUCCAGGGGUGUGAUGCAUCAAUACUUCUGGACAGCAGUGGGAGUAUAACUAGUGAGAAGGGGUCGAACCCCAACCGGAACUCGAUUCGUGGAUUAGAAGUCAUCGACGAGAUCAAAUCUGCACUGGAGAAGGAGUGCCCUCACACUGUCUCCUGUGCAGACAUCUUGGCUUUAGCUGCUAGAGAUUCUACAGUUCUUGCUGGUGGACCUAGCUGGGUGGUCCCACUAGGAAGGAGGGACUCUAGAGGUGCAAGCUUAAGUGGCUCAAACAACAACAUUCCUGCUCCAAAUAAUACAUUCCCGACCAUCCUCACCAAAUUUAAGCGUCAAGGGCUCAACAUUGUGGAUCUUGUGGCACUGUCUGGAAGCCACACAAUCGGGAAGUCGCGAUGCGUCAGCUUCCGGCAAAGGCUCUACAACCAGUCAGGCAACGGACAACCUGACUACACCUUAGACCAGUCGUACGCCGCCAAACUGCGCCCCAGGUGCCCACGAUCCGGCGGUGAUCAAAACCUGUUCUUCUUGGACUUCGUCAGCCCAACAAAGUUCGAUAACAUGUACUUCAAAAACCUAUUAGCUUCAAAAGGCCUGUUAAAUUCUGACCAAGUUCUGGUAACAAAGAGUGAAGCAUCGAUGGAGUUGGUGAAGCAAUAUGCAGAGAAUAAUGAGCUUUUCUUUGAGCAGUUUGCUAAGUCCAUGAUCAAGAUGGGGAAUAUCUCUCCAUUGACUGAUCAUAGGGGAGAGAUUAGGAAAUAUUGCAGGAAGAUCAACGCUUAAGACCCUGUUAUUGAAGCACCAGAAGGAAAAAUUGUAUUAAGAUGUUGUGCCAUUUUCUAAUUUCUUAUUUGUUCUACCAUUUCUGUUUAUUUCUUUUUGUGCUUCUCUCAGCGGAAAGUCUAUUUGUUGAGCUUGUUUCCAUUGUUAUGGACUUGUGGUUCUAAUCUAUA